AUGGUCAAGUUCUCUCAUGGCUGCUGGCAUCCAGCGCCAGACACUUUAAUAGAUUGGGCUGUGGAGGUUGUCAAGGCUGAAGCACGAGAUGACCACCUACAUUUCGUCUCGGCAUCCAAACCCAUCAAUUUUCGAGGCGACAUCCUGAACAAUCCUACCUUGACCCAUAAGCUGUCUUCUCCUAUCGAUGAUGUUUUUUACAUGUCUUCGACUCAUUGGAAGGCAUCCAAGAGUGUCACUCAGGGGCCAUUUUUCGAGUUAUACCCUCAGGGAAAGCCAUCUCAUACACAGCCGGUAAAGGCCAUCAAAGACACUGAAACCCUGUCACUGGAGGUCGGAAAGCUCAGGGCAUCGGUGGAUACCAGGCCGAAAUCGUUCAAUGUCGAUUUCCACGCUGAAGACAAGUUCCUGACGAGGCUUGGCUGGAGGUCUGUAGGUUACGUCAAGCACAACACAACGGCCCUCCACCCCAAGGCCAACUAUACAAAUCCAAAUAAAGGAGAGAGAUGGACGACGUACCAACUGCAACUGAGUGUUGGGGAGAAGAUUUACGGUCUCGGCGAGAGAUUUGGCCCUUUGCAGAAGAAUGGCCAGUCCAUUGAACUGUGGAACGACGACGGCGGCACUGGAUCAGAACUGACGUACAAAAAUGUGCCCUUCUUUCUGAGCUCCAACGGAUAUGGUGUCUUCAUUCCAACAUCAGCGCUCAUCUCUUUGGAGGUGCAAUCUGAACGAACAACCCGAGUCAACAUCGCCGUGAGGGGAGAGAAGCUGUCCAUGUAUUUGAUUUAUGGCCCCGAGCCGAAGGCGGUCUUGCAGAAGUAUGCCCUCAUUACUGGCAAACCGGCUCUUCCUCCGGCCUGGACGUUUGGCUUGUGGCUAAGCACGAGUUUCACGACGGAAUAUGAUGAACAGACAGUCAACUCAUUCUUGGAUGGCAUGAAGGACCGCGACAUCCCGAUCGGUGUCUUCCACUUCGACUCUUUCUGGAUGAAAGGCUUUGAGUGGUGCGAUUUUGAGUUCGACAAGGAUAUGUUUCCAGAUGCCAAAGGGCAACUGGCCCGGAUCAAGGAAAGAGGCCAGCGUAUCUGUGUCUGGAUCAAUCCAUAUAUAGCUCAGGAGAGCAAGGUCUUUGACGAAGGUGUCGAGAAGGGCUACUUUCUCAAGCGCAAGUCCGACGGUGCCCCAUUCCAGUAUGAUUUCUGGCAGGCUGGAAUGGCCUUUGUCGAUUUCACCAAUCCGGAGGCAGUCAAGUGGUGGCAAGCCAACAUGCAGAAGUUGAUAGACAUGGGCGUCGACUCUUUCAAGACUGAUUUUGGUGAACGAAUCCCCACCGGCGACGUCGUCUACUUCGAUGGAUCGGAUCCGGAGAAAAUGCACAACUAUUAUGCUUAUCUAUACAACAAGGCGACGUUCGAGGUCCUCGAGCGAAACUUUGGGAAGAAUCAGGCGGCAGUGUUUGCUCGGUCCGCCACGGCUGGGUGCCAACAGUUCCCUGUUCACUGGGGAGGAGAUCCAUACAGCACGUAUGAAGCAAUGGCUGAAACACUGCGGGGUGGUCUCAGCCUCGCUCUUUGCGGGUUUGGAUAUUGGGCGCACGACAUAGGCGGGUUCGAAGGCAAGCCGGAUCCAGGUCUCUUCAAGAGAUGGAUUGCCUUCGGUCUGCUCUCGAGUCAUUCGCGCCUCCACGGAAGCGGCAGUUUCAGAGUGCCCUGGCUGAUCGACGAGUCCGGAGAGGCCGAUAAGGUGCUGCAGAAGUUCGUGGGCUUCAAACAGUCCUUGAUGCCAUAUCUGUACUCCCAGGCAAUCCAAACCCACGAGACUGGCGUUCCCAUGCUGCGAGCGACGUUUCUGGAAUUCCCCGACGACCCUGCCAGUUGGUCUCUUGAGACACAAUACUUUUUAGGCGACAGUUUGCUUGUCGCGCCAGUCUUCAACAACCAGGGCAAUGUCACUUACUAUGUCCCUGAAGGGGAAUUCUAUGGCAUGCUUGAUGGCAAGAUCCGCCGCGGCCCCCGAUACUUCACGGAACAACACGACUACUUCUCAAUUCCAGUUCUACUCCGGCCAGGCUCUGCUAUUGCGAUGGGCAAAGUGACAGGAGAAACCGUCCAUGAUUGGAGCGACGGGCUGAAGAUCAUGGUGAACCACACUGAUGACCUUGACAAGGUGGUGAAGAUCCCGGAUCACACCAACCCGGGCGGGAUAGCGGUAAUGCUGACUGUCAAGGGGACUAAAGAAGGCGUUACCGUGGAGGUCUCGAAAGGCAAGCUUGCCAGCGAUUGGGAGCUGGUCGUUGUUAACCAUACCGUAAGUGACGCUUCCGUCGAUGGGGCAAAAGUGUCAGCAAAAGGGGGUGCAGUGGUUGUGAAGUCGUCAGCAAAGAAUGUGAAGGCGAGCUUCUAG